CAUCCAUAGCACGUUAUUCCCGCCGCCGCCGUCCUCGCCGCCGCCGCCGCCGCCGCCGCCAUGUCGCCGCUCGCCCGCUCGCUGCUCGCGCUCGCCGCGCUGAUCGCCGCCGCCGACGCCGAGCUACCCAACUAUUGCAGCAACGAGCGAACGGGUAAACAGGUGGGCAUUCCAGCAGACAACGUUGAAAAAUUCACGUUGACCGUUUCCGGAGGCCUUGUCCGUAUUCCCGAUAAAUGUACCAGACCAGGAAACAAAAUGAUCGGCGAGUAUAAGAGCGUAUGUAAUAUUCCUAAUUAUCAGCCCAAAAUCAGACAUAUCUUGAAGACCCACAGACGAUACUACGACAGUGAAAUUUAUAUUGACUGUCCUAGCAAUAUCACCGGCUGUGAUAGUCUCAAGCUUGAGAUAACGCAGUACUGUCAAAUGGUGGUUGCACCUCAUUCAUUUAUUUGAGAGGACAUCGCGAUGUGAUGUGACUAAUGUGAAUGAAGUUCUUGAGGAUUAAAAUCGUUAAAAUUAAAUUGUAACAACUGU